CCGGCACCCUUUGCGCAGUUCCGCCCCGGUGUAUCCCUACGCCCUUUGCGGCAGUUCUGCCCCGGUAUAUCCCGGCACCCUUUGCGCAGUUCCGCCCCGGUGUAUCCCGGCGUGCCCCGCGCUCCCUCACGGCCGCCAUGGCGCAGGGCCGGCCCAAGGCCGCGGCCAAGCGCCCCAAGGCGGCGGCGGCGGCGGCAGCGGCGGCCCGGAGCGCUCGGGGCCCGCGGAAAGGAGGCCGCACCAUCGCCCCCAAGAAGCUGCGCGUGAUCCAGCAGCAGAAGCUGAAGAAGCGCCUGGAGGUCGGGAUCCGGAUGCGGAUCGAGCGGGAGACCGUGCAGCGGGCGCAGGGCGCGCUGCCCAAGAAGCUGGCCCUGGUCACGGCGCCCAAGGCCGGCAGGGACAGCGCCAAGAAGGGCCGCGCCUGAGCCCGAAACCCCCCGGGAGCGACCCCCGAGCCCCUCCGUGAGCUGCACAAGGGUCUGGGGGCGUCCGGGAUGAUUUCAUUCCCCCGGGAGCGACCCCCGAGCCCCUCUGGGGCAAUCCGGGCUCUGCUCAGCCCUUAAUAAACGGGAUUUGUGUCCUGCCCACA